AUGAAGGCACAAGACCAAGCCCGUUCGCAAAUAGAAGCAGAAGGCCAGCCCAGGUCAGGGAUAAAAGCAGAAGCCCUGCCUUGGUCAGAGAUACAAGCAGAAGCCCUGCCUUGGUCAGAGAUACAAGCAGAAGCCCUGCCUUGGUCAGAGAUACAAGCAGAAGCCCUGCCUUGGUCAGAGAUACAAGCAGAAGCCCUGCCUUGGUCAGAGAUACAAGCAGAAGCCCUGCCUUGGUCAGAGAUACAAGCAGAAGCCCUGCCUUGGUCAGAGAUACAAGCAGAAGGCCAGCCCAGGUCAGGAAUAAAAACAGAAGCUCAGCCUUGGUCAGAGAUACAAGCAGAAGCCCAGCCUUGGUCAGAGAUACAAGCAGAAGGCCAGCCCAGGUCAGGAAUAAAAGCAGAAGCUCAGCCUUGGUCAGAGAUACAAGCAGAAGCCCAGCCUUGGUCAGAGAUACAAGCAGAAGCCAAGCCUUGGUCAGAGAUACAAGCAGAAGCCCAGCCUUGGUCAGAGAUACAAGCAGAAGCCCAGCCUUGGUCAUUGAUACAAGCAGAAGCCCAGCCUUGGUCAGAGAUACAAGCAGAAGCCCAGCCUUGGUCAGAGAUACAAGCAGAAGCCCAGCCUUGGUCAGAGAUACAAGCAGAUGCCCAGCCUUGGUCAGAGAUACAAGGAGAAGCCCAGCCUUGGUCAGAGAUACAAGCAGAAGCCCAGCCUUGGUCAGAGAUACAAGCAGAAGCCCAGCCUUGGUCAGAGAUACAAGCAGAAGCCCAGCCUUGGUCAGAGAUACAAGCAGAAGCCCAGCCUUGGUCAGAGAUACAAGCAGAAGCCCAGCCCAGGUCAGAGAUGCAAGCAGAAGGCCGCCCAGAUUGGAGAUACAAGCAGAAGGCCAGGCUAGGUCAGAGAUACAAGCAAAAGCCCAGCCUUGGUCAGAGAUACAAGCAGAAGCCCAGCCUUGGUCAGAGAUACAAGCAGAAGCCCAGCCUUGGUCAGAGAUACAAGCAGAAGCCCAGCCUUGGUCAGAGAUACAAGCAGAAGCCCAGCCUUGGUCAGAGAUACAAGCAGAAGCCCAGCCUUGGUCAGAGAUACAAGCAGAAGCCCAGCCUUGGUCAGAGAUACAAGCAGAAGCCCAGCCUUGGUCAGAGAUACAAGCAGAAGCCCAGCCUUGGUCAGAGAUACAAGAAGAAGGCCAGCCCAGGUCAGAGAUGCAAGCAGAAGGCCGCCCAGAUUGGAGAUACAAGCAGAAGGCCAGGCUAG